AUGGCUCUACCUCGAAUCCGAGCCUGUCUUUUCGACAUGGACGGCCUGCUGAUCAAUAGCGAAGAUCUCAUAAGCAAGUCCAUCAACGAGAUCCUCGCCAAGUACGGCAAACCACCCUUGCCUUGGUCUGUCAAGACUCAGCUCCAAGGUCGCGCUCUCCCCGAUGCAAGUAAAAUCCUCCGCGCCUGGGCCGACCUUCCCAUCACCGAUGCCGAGUAUCAAGCCCAGCUCAAAGUUCAGCACGCCACAUGGUUUCCGACCUGUGCGCCACUCCCAGGCGUUGAGCAGCUCCUCGCGACCCUUACUGCGGCAUCAAAUAUGGAACUGGCCCUUGCCACAAGCUCCUCCCGGGAGAAAUUCGAGCUCAAAACAAAGCAUCUACAGACCCUGUUUGCCGCGUUCCCUCCCGAACGUCGCGUCCUCGGCGACGACCCGCGCGUGUCUGCCCACAAGCCCGCCCCGGAAAUCUACCUCGUCGCGCUCAAAUGCAUCAACGACAGUCUCGAGCGGCAAGGCAAGGCCGCCAUCCGGCCCGAGGAGUGCUUAGUCCUGGAAGACGCCAUUUUGGGCGUCGAGGCCGGCAGAGCGGCGGGGAUGCAGGUACUCUGGUGUCCGCACCCGGGGCUGUUGGAGGAGAUUCGAGAGGGUGGACGUGGUGAGGAGAUCCUCAGCUCCGAUCAUCGUGAGUGGGUUCGAUUGGUCGACACUUUGGAGGAAUUUGACUACACAUCGUAUGGCAUUGAGGUGGAGAGUCGAGAGUGA